UACAGAUUAUCAUUGGACAAACUGAUAUAGAUAACACCGAACUAUUAUAUAUUCGUAGAUUUGGGAAUUUACAACGGUAACAAUAGACGCUGAUACCUUAUUUAGAAAUGUUCACAUUUUGUGUUUUUUACAUUUUCUCACACUCGUAGUAUGAAUAAAAUAACAGGAUGCAUUUAUAUUUUAUGAAGAAUGGUUUAACCAAAGGAACGAAAUGAAUGGUUGACCAACUAGACAUGAUUUGUACAAUUGCACACACAUCUAAAUGGCGGUAACUCAAACCAUUAAGACAACGACGUACCACAGAUUCAAACGAGAUGAUGAAAAACACGCGGAGUUUCAUAAAAGUUCGGACUUAUUAGAGGGACACGGAAUCUUGAUCGUUAUAUUUUUAUUGAUAAUUUUGGUAAUAGUUGCAGUAGUCAUACUUGUCAUAAUGUGCAGAAAAGGGUGUUUCCGUAGGCAAAAAAGGUCGAGUAAUGAAAAUUAUACCCGAUGCCAGUGUUUUCUCAACAGAGGAUUUCAAUUAGAACAGGGUGUUUCAUCGCAGAACUGUUCAUGUCAGCAAAUCCGUUUAGCGGAAUGUAUGCAAAACAGAUAUCCUAUUAAUAAUCAUAAUGGAGUCAUGGCGAAUCAUAAUCAUGGACAAUUCCAAAAUAUUCCUAAUACCAACUGUAGACCUAGUCAUUAUGACGAAAGACCAAAUACUGCAAUAUCAGGUUUGCAAGGGACUAUAAGACAAGCACCAAGUCCAAUUCAAAAUGAAUGUGAACAAAUUGUACAAAGUCACGCGAGACCUUCAGUUGAUGAAACGGUAGCAGAUUAUUCGAAUAGCGAAAACGAAGACGACGAAGAAGAAACACACCCAAUUUCAAUUCCCAAUCAAGAGUUGUUUGCUAAUAUUCCUCCUCAACUGUUACAAGUGUGCGAACGAAGUAAAACAAUACAUGUGCAAAAUAAGGAAGUUGUGUUCAUUUCAAGAAGAGUGACAGAUAAGGGAGAUAACUUAGUAUUAGAUGGCAUGGGUAUAUCAUUAUUUGUACCUCCUGAAGCCGUUAAAAAGAACGAAACAAAAAUAAUCGUCCUGGUUUUAAAUUGGGAUUUAAGUGACAACCCAUACAUGUCAGACAAACAAGCAUUAGUAUCACCAGUAGUGUAUGUUGGUCCCCAUGACCUUAAACUGGACAAACCAUGCACACUAAGUUUCAAACAUUGUUCUUUUGAUCCGAGACAUAUCCAGGUAAUGAAGAGCGAGACGGAAUUAAUCGAGUCUAAAGAUUGGGUCGAACAUUGCUCUUUAAGUGAGAAUAGUGGUGCUUGUGUUGUGACACCAGACGAAUGCCAGCUUCAAAUUGACUCGUUUACCCUAUACACGUGUUUACAGUCGCCGACAGGUUCGGAUGAUUGUAAAAAAUGGCUGCAGGUGGCUGCAUUUUCUAGUCCUUUACAAAACAGCAUUAAUCAUCAACAGGUUCGUGUUUAUUUUCUUAACAAGACACCAUGUGCAUUACAAUGGGCAAUCCAGAACGAGGCUAAGUUUGGUGGACAAUUAAUGGGUCCAGAAAAGGUUUAUCUGUUUUAUGGAAAUGCUCAAGAUAUGUUUAUUGCUCUUCGAUACUUGUCAGAUGGUUGGAAUAACGUAGACAAAGAAGUAGAAGAACAUGUUCCUUAUAUAAACAUUUGGCAUGGAAAAUGUCCGCAUAUUACAAUGUGUUUUAAAAAGAAUUGUCGACCUCGAGAAUUAACAUUUAAAUUGUUUCUCUAUCAAUAUACACUCGAAAAUGAAGGUGGAAAUUUUAUAGCUCACGUUACAGAAGAGAAUAAACGAGAUCUUCAUUCUGGAACUGGAAAAGACAAUGGAAAACAGGAAAUAGUUGUGACACUUCCGAGUGUGCGUAAUGAUUUGAAACAGGACAAAGAUGAAAACCGUCCUUACUCCGAACCGCAGGUUCACCUUCAUUUUACAACACCAGACGUUCGGCUUGAAAAGGUUGAACAGGCAACAAAAGACUACUAUCCACAUGAUCUCAAAAUCAAACUUAAAGUUCUUUUAGAUCCAUAUAGUGCAUUUGAUAGAAACUGGAAAGCGCUUGCGUCAGCGCUUGGCAAGGAUAAAUGUAUUCGAUAUUUAGAAACGAUGAAUAGUCCAACCGAGAACCUCCUUUCUUAUGCUGAAUCAAUGAAGUUGUCUUUAGAAACCUUAGCGGAUAUUUUAUCAUGUAUUCAAAGAGAGGAUGCUUCAACGCUGGUUAAAGAAUAUAUUCCACAAACAACUGGCAAUGGCCGUGCAGGACACGAGUCGACUGAGAGUUCAUAUAGCUACAACAUCCCAGAAUACCAAUGAAGUUCUACACAAUACAACAGUGAAACCUAAUUAAACCGAACCUCUUCGGGACUUAUGUAUUUUGUUCGUUUUGGGCCGAUGUUCGGUUUUGUCAGGCUCACAACGCAUACAUUUUGAUAUGACGGUGAUUAAGAACAUGUUUGGUUUAUUUUGAUAUGACGGUGAUUAAGAACAUGUUUGGUUUAUUUUGAUAUGACGGUGAUUAAGAACAUGUUUGGUUUAUUUUGAUAUGACGGUGAUUAAGAACAUGUUUGGUUUAUUUUGAUAUGACGGUGAUUAAGAACAUGUUUGGUUUAUACAGGUUUUCGGUUUAUACGCAGGAUUCGGCAUAGCCAGGUUUUACUGUAAUAUAAUAUUUUUUUAAUUUAUUGUAAAUGUUAUAUUUUCGGUCAUUCCAUCAUUACGAUACAAUUGUAAAAAUAUCCCCUGACUUCUAAUUUAACAAUGGACAAGGAACCAGAAAACUGUUUGUUAAGUAUAAUGAUAAUCAAACAUUUGGCAAAAAAAUGAACUUAAUUAUUUUAUAUAUUAGAAAAUACUGCCAACAAAUACUGUUGCAU